AUGAUGCUAUUCCCCCGGGGGCACGGCGUGUUUGCAUCCUCCGCCUUCGUUGGGCGCCGCGUGUCCCCAUCCAGGUCCCACCACCUCACCUUAUCCUCACACAGGAUGUUUCUCCUCCGCUCAUUUUCCCCAUCGUCUUCCGAGCGAGCCGCCACCGUACCGGGAAGACCAGACGACGGAGCUACCGACGAGGCUGAACCGGCCGCCGCGACCAGCGUGGCCCGCCUCGCCGCCGCAUACCGCGACCCAUGGCCGGACGUCGUUGCCACGCGUCGGGCUCGCCGCCUCGCCCCAACCACGCCCGCCACCGGCGAAACACCAGCCGCCUCAACGUUCUCCGCCGCGCCACCAAGUUCUAUCAGGGUCCUCGCCGCCGUUCGCCGCCCCUCUCGGAGGCGCGCCUGCGGGGGGGAGAAGGAGGCGCUGGAGGACUCGGCGCGCGGCCUGCAAGGCGAGCUGGAGGCCGAGCGCGCCUCCGCCGAGAGGGCCGCCAGCGAGGCCAUGCUCAUGAUCGAGCGCCUGCAGCGCGAGAAGGCCGCCGCGCAGAUGGAGGCGCGCCAGUUCAAGCGCUACGCCGAGGGCCGCGCCGACCACGAGCGCGAGGCGCAGGAGGAGAUGGCAUCGCUCUCCGACCUCGCCGCGUCAUACCACUCCCGGCUCCAGUCCCACGGGAUCGACCCCGACACCUUCUCCGACGAGGAGCUCUACGAGGAGCAGCGCGGCCAUCUCGAGCACAGCGACCUGCUAAGCAGUGCUAUGGUCGCGCCAGAGGAAGAGGCAAACGGCGGCGACCUGUUAAGCAGUGCCAUGGAUGUGAAGACGGACUAG